ACAAGGUAAAACUUUUCCAAAGGUUUUCACAGCAACAAAAAAGUGUAAAAAGGAAUAUGAAAGAACCCGUGUUACCAUCGACUUUGUCCCAGAGCCAGGCCAGAAAGAAAAGACGCGGAAUUGUUGAGAAACGGCGCAGAGAUCGGAUUAACAACAGUCUGUCUGAACUUCGCCGACUAGUUCCCAGUGCCUGGGAGAAACAAGGAUCAACAAAACUGGAAAAGGCUGAAAUUCUGCAGAUGACAGUUGAUCAUCUGAAAGUGCUGCACACAAGUGGCGGAAAGGGUCAUUUUGAGACUCCGAUAUUAACCACAGAUUACGGGAUUCUGGGAUUUCGGGAAUGCUUAUCUGAAGUGGCUAGAUAUCUCAGUGUGAUCGAGGGAUUAGACCAUUCUGAUCCUUUGAAGGCUCGCCUGGUGACACACUUAAAUACAUGUGUAUCACAGAGAGAGGUUGUAACUGCUGAGAAAGGCCAUCACCUCUUGUGUACAGGAUAUCCUCACCAGUUUGUGCUGACCUCUCUAUCUCAUUUCAGUCCUGAUGCUUUUGCACGCAGCUUUCCACCUUUAGAACAUAAUCAUCACAAGGAGUCGAUGCUCAGCGGUAUUCAUCUUGAACAUUUAAAUAAAUUGUCUUCUCCAGGUUUUGUGGUCCCUAUUCUGACAAAUGCUGCACAUGUAACAUCUUCAGUUUUGCCAAUUACUUCUCUGUCAGCUACACAAUUCCCAUUUUCCAUUGAUCCUCUACUGCCAGCUGCUUUAGUCCAAUCUCCAGUACAAACUGUAAAAAGUGGAAAACACUUCUGGACUACAGAAGUGGGGACUUUUUAGUUUGAAUAUUGGUUUAUUAUUUUUGAUGGUCUAGGGAAAAAAUUCUUCAGGUAUCACAUUAAAGUUUGCAUUGUGCUCACAAUUCCACGUACAUUACAUCAUAGAGGUAACUACAGCUAUGAGUAAAGUCAAACCUCAUUAUUAUAAACUCAGUGCAAUGGAAAACAGUUGCCUUUGCUGUACUUAAUGGAUUUAUAAUUGUACCUUGGCGGACAGCAAGGAGGCAUUAAUUAUAAUGAAAAUUUGCAAUAAUGAAUUCCAAUUGUACAUAAUUUAUUAUAUAUG